AUGACCAGUAGGAGGCACAGGCGGAGAGGGUGGAAGAGAGCAGGAGGCACAGGCGGAGAGGGUGGAAGAGAGCAGGAGGCACAGGCGGAGAGGGUGGAAGAGAGCAGGAGGCACAGGCGGAGAGGGUGGAAGAGAGCAGGAGGCACAGGCGGAGAGGGUGGAAGAGAGCAGGAGGCACAGGCGGAGAGGGUGGAAGAGAGCAGGAGGCACAGGCGGAGAGAGUGGAAGAGAGCAGGAGGCACAGGCGGAGAGAGUGGAAGAGAGCAGGAGGCACAGGCGGAGAGAGUGGAAGAGAGCAGGAGGCACAGGCGGAGAGAGUGGAAGAGAGCAGGAGGCACAGGCGGAGAGAGUGGAAGAGAGCAGGAGGCACAGGCGGAGAGAGUGGAAGAGAGCAGGAGGCACAGGCGGAGAGAGUGGAAGAGAGCAGGAGGCACAGGCGGAGAGAGUGGAAGAGAGCAAGAAGCGGUUGAGACUGCACAAGCUGAAACAGAUGGUCGUGCCAAAGGCCAAGAAGCAGGAUGUUUAGACCAAGAUGGUAAAAAUGAAGAUUGCCUUGAGGAAGACAAUGCACGAAACUCAGUAGAAUCCAAAAUGAAUUUAGGAGCAAUUGAUUGGCAUUUUUGA